AUGGAUCAACAAUCAUUAAAGCAAAUAUUGAGUUCAAGCAAUACUUACAGUGGUACAAAGAAGUAUUUGGAGGCUAUUUAACAAUAGCAAAAGGAUAUAAUCUAAAUGUGUUCUGCUGUUGUAAUUAGCAUUUUGUAAGAUUAGCAAGGAUCUCAUCUAUCUAAAUUUUAUAGUUUGAAAUUUAUUAAUGAAUUAUUAGAAUUGUAAGAAUAUGAUUGGAUUGAUAUGACUUAGAAGAAAAUCUUACCAAUUUUAGAGGAAUAUGCAGAAUUUAAAAAGGAGAGUUAAGAUGAUGAAAGGGGUAAGUAUAUAUUUAUUUAAAAUACAUCAUAAAAAAAAAAAUAUGAAUAAGUUAAAGAAUUGGAAUACGCUGGAAGCAUAUUUUUUAGGUAUUUGCUUGAAAGUAUUUGGGUUUGGAGUAAAUGGUUUCCACUUGAUACUGUGGCAGGAAAGUUAAGUUUAUUUAAAAUUGCUUAAGAGAGACUUUCAUUAUAAAAGGUUAAAUUUCCUCAAAUAACAUAUUUCAAUAAAAAUUAAGUAAUAAAUCAUAUGCAAAUCUAAAGGCCUCCGAAAGAGAUGCUAGAAGAGUGCAGACUUCUUAUCAAGGAACAUUUGGAAGAAAAUUCAAACUCAGACCUUUAGAGUUUUUAGAAAACUUUAAGAAAAAUUUAUUUUACUGACAAAAAGCAUUAAUUACAAAGUCUUAAGUCCUAUCCAUAAGUAUGGAAGGAAACAGUUGAUUUGAUGAGGUAAGGCAAAAUGGGAUAAGAUGUUUAGAUUAAAUUGAGAACUGCUCAAGUAUCAAUAAUGUAGAAGAAAUUCUUCUAAGCCACUUAGAAUCUAAAAAAAAGCAAAGUAGCUUUGCAAUAAUAAGUUUUCAACUUUUCUACAGUUUUAAGCGAAAAGGAAAAAUUAUUGACGGAGAUAAACAAUCAUAUUUUAGAAAAAGAUCUAUUAAAAAAUUAAAUUUCUUAAUUACAAAAAUAAAACGAUGAAAAUUUAAAAGAGAAUGAAGAUCUAAGAAUGUAACUUAGUCAGUUGAAACUUAAAUUUGACACAACAGAAGUUUAAUAGGAGGCCCCAACUUUAUCUAAUACAUUUAAUGAUUAAUUCUAAAGAUCAAAGGAUUUAGAACGACAAUUACAAAAAAAGGACAUCGAAAUUAAGAGACUGAGUGAAUAAGUUCAACACUAUAAAGGUUUUAUUAGUCAAAUGAAUGGCAAUCUUGAUCAAUUGUAAAAAUUAUAAGAAUAAACAGAAAUGGAACGAUUUUAACUGCAUUAAGAAAAUCUCAAAUCAAAUUUGAAGUAAGAAGAACUUUAAAAUCAAAUAGGUUUAUUAAAAUAAUCAAAUAAUAGACUUAAUGAGAUUAUAAAACAAUUAUAAACUUAAAACAAUCAAUAGUAUGAAGAAUACUUACAAAAUUUAGAAAAGAACUCAAUAUAUAUUUAAAAAUUGAUCUCUGAUUAAUCUGAAAGUCCAAAUCUGAAGUAAAAACAAACUGAAUAAAUUAAAGAAUUGGAACAUCAAAUUCAAAGAUAGAGACAAGAAAUUGAAAAUCUUAAGCAAUAAUUAGAUGAUAACUAAAAAUCAGGAAUGCAAUACAAUAAUUAAACCAAAUAAUGUAUGAUUUUUAAUAAAACUAGAAUAUUAUAGCCAAAAAAAUGA